AUACUUCGACUAUUUAUACUCGAGUGGAAAAUUUAUGAUGCAUCGAAGCAAAUCAUCGAUGUUUUUCCGACAUUCCUAGCAAUAGGCAAAACGAUAAUUUCGUAUUGAGUUAAUAAUUGUGCAAUACAUUUUUAAAUUUUGCAUUUUGGUUGGAAAAAUAUGUCGUUGGUUGAUAAAAGCGAGGAGCGCGCUUUUAUUAUCAGUUGCCUCAAAGUGUACAAGGCCCUCCCAGCGUUAUGGAACCCGCGUUCGCCAGGAUACCGCAACAAAGUUACAAAGAAUACGUCGUACGAAUUUUUAGUUAACAAAUUUCGAGAAAGAUAUCCAGAUAUAAGUCGUAAAGGUGUAACCAAGAAAAUAAAUGCAUUGAGAACCAAUUUCCGAAAAGAGCUAAAGAGUAUGGUGCUAGAAUGUCGUAAGAACUCUAAAUUAUGGUAUUUUGACGAAAUUAAAUUCUUGAUCGGCGAUGUGGCUACAAAGGAACAGAAAUCUGAACUCGAGUAUCACGAUGAACAACCAAUAAAUAUAGAGGUACUUGAAGAGGACGAUUCGUCCGCACCAACUGAGGAAUAUACUCAUAUAGAAAGAACAGAGUACAAGGCGCUACCCAAAACUUCAAACAUAUCAAAUCCGAAACCACUUGGAGAAUAUGAGUUGAAAUUGGCAGAGACGUGGGCUAUGGAACUGCAAAAAAUGACGCCGGAGCAACAGAUUUAUGCUAAGAAAGCUAUCAACGAUAUAAUUUAUGAAGGGCAAUUAGGAAACCUACACCGAGACAGUGGAAACAUAUACGCAUCCUAAGAAAUAAAAUAACCAAGAUAUAAGUAUACAAACAUAUGUAUGUAAAUGGCUAUUAAAUGUAUUCAAUAAGACUUAAUUUUAAAGUUAAACAAA